AUGAUGAGGAUAAUCCGACGCAUCAACAUGUCAACCCUAACAGUCAGGAACGUGACUUCUGUCGAGUUCGAGGAGCAGUUCAAGUGCUGCAUCUGUCUGAACAUCUACACCGAUCCCGUCUCCACCCCGUGUGGACACAACUUCUGCCUCGACUGCAUCGAAGGCUACUGGGAUUCGAGGGGCAAGUCCGACUGUCCGCUGUGCAAACAGACGUACAGAAAACGUCCAGAGCUCAGGAUCAACCGAGAAUUUGCAGAAAUCAUUGAUUUCAUUAAAAGGUCUUUGUUGCUCAGAGCAGCAGAAGAGGAGGGUUUCGAGUCUCUAGUGGAACCAAACCAACGCUGGGACAAAGUUCCCUGUGACAUCUGCCACAGGAACAAGUCCCCGUCAGUCAGUUCGUGUCUCGUCUGCCAGGCGUCGUACUGUGAGCUUCACCUCACGCCUCACCUGAGGGUGCCGGCGCUGCAGAGACACCGGCUGACGGAUCCGGCCACCUUCACCAGCAGCCACCUCUGCAGGAACCACAACCAGCCACUGACGAUGUUCUGCAAGAAAGACCAGAUGCCGGUGUGUGUGAAAUGCACGGCAGGGAGCCAUAAACACCACGAGGUCGUCCCCAUGGAGAAGGAAAGCAAGAGGGUCAAGUCUCAUCUCAGGGCUACAAAGGGCAAAGUUCAGCAGAUGAUCCAGGACAGGCUUGGAAAAAUGGAGGAGAUCUUAAGUUCAAUCGAAAUUAGCAAAAAAAUCACAGAGAAAGAGAUUCAGAGCAGUGCUCGGGUCUGCGCCCUGCUGAUAAGCGCCAUCCGGAAACAGGAGGGCGCGCUGGUGCAGGAGCUGAAGGGGAGGCAGGGCGAGGCCGAGAGGACGGCCAAGCAGACGCUUCACGAGCUGGAGCAGGAAAUCAAUGAGCUGCAGACGAGGGGCAGCGAGCUGCAGCACCUGGAGCUCACUCAGAACCCUCUUCACCUCCUGCAGGGUUUCCCGUCUCUCAGCAGCCUCCCGUCCACUAGAGAGUGGUCCGAGGUCGUGGUCCACCCUGACAACUGCCUGGGGACGGUGAGGAGAGCCGUCUCCGCUCUGGUGGAUGUUUGUCAGGAACUCGCCGACCAACUCUCAGCAGAAGAGACAGACAAGAUGAAUCAAUAUGCAGUGGAUGUGACUCUGGAUCCUGAGACUGCGUCCGCCUGGCUGGUCCUGUCGCCAGAUGGAAAGAAGGUGAGCCUGAGCAGCCAGAAAAAGACGUCGCUACCAAACAACCCUGAGCGGUUUGACACCUGCGUCUGUGUUCUGGGGAAACAGAGCUUCACGCAUGGAAGAAGCUACUGGGAAGUUCAGGUUGGAGAUAAAACCGACUGGGACCUCGGCGUGGCCAGAGAGUCCAUCAACAGGAAGGGGGCCAUCACGGUGCGUCCCGACAGCGGCUACUGGGCGAUCUGCCGGCGAAAGGGGGGCAGCCUGAGCGCCUGCACCGCCCCCUCCAUCACCCUCCAACCCCAGGAAACCCCGCAGAAAGUGGGCAUAUUCCUGGACUACGAGGGGGGGUCGGUGUCCUUCUACAACGCGGAGACAAAGACUCACAUCUACACGUACAGCGGCUGUUCUUUCGACGAGCCGCUGCACCCCUACUUCAAUCCCUGUGUUCAAGACGACGGGAAAAACACGACUCCGCUGGUCGUCUGUCCUCUGGAGAGAAGCACCAGGGUGGGACUGGAAAUAAUCAUCGAGACAGAUUUAUAAUUUGUGAUGCGAAGGAAUGAUGCUAACCAAUGAGAAAACGUUCUUAUGGAGCAACUUUAUUAACCUAUUGUGGUUUAGAUUUUGUAUAGAUUUAUUGUACUGUAGUAGUAUCUGCGUGACACUGACCUGCAACAGGCCAAGUUAUCUCCGUUUAAACCAGAAAUGCACCAGAGAUAAGAAUAAUGUAAAUAACGUCACUGUAAAACAGACCUGAUAGGCCACGCCCACUUCACCACUUCAAUAUUGCACCACGGACAUUUUAGUUGUAGCUAGCUAGUUCAUACAGCUAGCUAUAUGUAGCUAGAAUUGCUAAGCCCCGCCCCUUGCGGAAAUAUUUUUUGCGAUAGCGGCCAUGUUGCUUUCUCAACAAUCCAAACCCCAAAGUUUCUACUUGUUGUCCUGUUUACAACAACACUUUGAUCCCCUGCUGUCACGUUGACCUCUGACGAAAAAGAGUUGAUGCCCAACUUGUGUAUAUAAAUGUAAAGAAUAUAUUUUUUAUAUGUUUGUCAUUGUUUGAAAUCCACAUCCUAAAUGGGUGACGUAUAAAACUGAAGAUAAAAGAUUGUGUUUU